CAUGAAGUGAGCCGAAAUAAACGAAGAAGAGAGGCCAACAUCUCUAGCUUCGGUACAAUCAGAUGUGGCGCCAUGUAUGCUGUGUACAAACAAGCCCACUCUCCUACGGCUGUGGAGUUCUCAGUCUACUGUAACUUCAUUUCCAGUCAAGAGAAGAAUCUGGUGGUGGCUGGCACUUCUCAGCUUUUUGUUUACAGGAUUAUCCGAGAUGUGGAGAGCCGAUCAAAGACUGACAAAUCUUCAGAUGUCAAAACACGUAAAGACAAGCUUGAACAGGUGGCAGCCUUCAGUCUUUUUGGCAACGUUAUGUCUAUGGCCAGUGUGCAGCUUGUGGGAUCCAGGAGAGAUGCGCUCCUCCUCAGUUUUAAAGAUGCAAAGUUAUCGAUAGUGGAGUACGAUCCUGGGACACAUGACCUGAAGACUUUGUCUCUGCAUUAUUUUGAGGAGCCAGAGCUCAGAGAUGGUUUUGUACAGAAUGUACAUAUUCCCAUCAUUCGUGUAGAUCCAGAGAAUCGUUGUGCCGUGAUGCUCAUCUAUGGUACCAGACUGGUGGUGUUGCCCUUCCGUAAAGAUACCCUAACAGAUGAUCAGGAUGGCGAGUUUGGUGAAGGUCCACAAUCAAAUUUUCUGCCAAGUUACAUCAUUGACGUUCGCAAACUGGAUGAAAAACUGCUGAACAUCAUCGACAUGAAGUUCCUGCAUGGAUACUACGAGCCCACAUUGCUUAUCCUUUUUGAACCGAAUCAGACGUGGCCUGGGCGUGUUGCUGUGCGCCAAGACACCUGUUGCAUUGUGGCGAUCUCUCUCAACAUCAUGCAGAAGGUCCAUCCUGUCAUUUGGUCCCUCAGUAACCUGCCAUUUGACUGCACGCAGGUCAUGGCUGUCCCCAAACCCAUCGGUGGCGUUGUUGUAUUUGCUGUGAAUUCCCUGCUCUAUUUGAACCAGAGCGUCCCGCCCUAUGGAGUGUCCCUCAAUUCUCAGACGAGUGGCACCACAGCGUUUCCCCUGAAUGUACAGGAAGAUGUCAAGAUCACUCUGGAUUGUUCCCAAGCUGAUUUUAUCGCCUACGACAAGAUGGUCAUCUCACUGAAAGGAGGAGAAAUUUACGUGUUGACCCUCAUUACUGAUGGAAUGAGGAGCGUACGAGCUUUCCACUUCAAAAAGGCAGCUGCCAGUGUCCUGACAACCUGUAUGGUCACCAUGGAUUCCGGCUUCCUGUUUCUGGGUUCCCGCCUUGGAAACUCGCUUCUCCUGAAGUACACCGAGAACCUUCAGGAGACUCCACCUGAGCAGAGCAAGGAGAACCAUGAUGGCGAGAAGGAACAAGAGAAUAAGAAGUGUGAAACUGACGAACCGUCAGUUAAGAAGCUCAGGUUAGAUUCUUCCACCAACUGGACCGAUGAUGUGGAUGAGAUCGAGGUGUAUGGAAGUGAAGCUCUGUCCGGCACACAGCUGGCCACAUACUCCUUUGAGGUUUCUGACAGCAUCCUAAACAUUGGUCCUUGUGCAAACGCUUCAAUGGGUGAACCUGCGUUCCUAUCUGAGGAGUUUCAGAGUAAUAUGGAGGUUGACUUGGAGGUGGUGGUUUGCUCUGGAUUCGGCAAGAAUGGGGCUCUCUCUGUGCUGCAGCGAAGCAUCAAACCACAAGUAGUCACCACGUUUGAACUGCCAGGUUUCCUUGAUAUGUGGACUGUAAUCGCUAAUGAGCCUAAAGAGGACAAAAAGGCUCCAAAAACAGAGACCGAGGAGAAGGUGGAUGCUGACAUGAGCGAAGGGGGUGAAGAGGGUGAGAAAGAAGAAGAAGAGGAGGAAAAGAAAGAGGAGGAACCUCUAGAACCUCUGGAUGACGAUACGAAGAAGCAUGGCUUUCUCAUACUGAGUAGAGAGGACACAACUAUGAUCCUGCAAACUGGUCAGGAGAUCAUGGAGCUGGACACCAGUGGUUUUGCUACUCAAGGUCCAACUGUCUUCGCUGGGAACAUUGGAGACAACAAGUACAUCAUUCAGGUUUCUCCAGUGGGCAUCCGGCUACUGGAAGGAGUGACCCAGCUCCACUUCAUUCCCGUCGACCUGGGCUCUCCUAUAGUCCUUUGCUCUGUGGCAGACCCCUAUGUGGUUAUUAUGAGUGCAGAGGGAGUGGUGACCAUGUUUGUCCUGAAGAACGACUCGUACAUGGGGAAGACUCAUCGCCUCACCCUGCUGAAACCUCAGAUCUCCGCUCAAUCUCGCGUGAUCACGCUAUGUGCGUACAAGGAUCUCAGCGGCAUGUUCACCACUGAAAACCGAGUCAGCUGCUUGGUCAAAGAGGACGCGGUGUUCAUAAGGCAGUCUGAAACAGAGACAGUGAUCCACGACAUCAAUAUCUCAGUAGAUGACGAGGAGGAGAUGCUGUAUGGAGAUUCUAAGACUGUAACAGCCAGUAGCACCAGUUCGAUGCAGAGUGCUCAACCUACAACGGAGGACACGAGCAGCAGCUCAGCAGCUCCAGUUUCCUCUGAGGGAAGUCCCAGUAAGGCUGAGCCCACUCACUGGUGUUUGGUCGUCAGAGAAAAUGGUGUGAUGGAGAUUUACCAGCUGCCAGACUGGAGACUAGUUUUCCUGGUGAAAAACUUCCCUGUCGGUCAAAGGGUUCUGGUGGACAGCUCCACGGGUCAAUCAGCAGCUCAUGGCGACAGCAAAAAGGAGGAGGUGACGCGUCAGAGCGAGAUGCCAGCAGUGAAGGAAGUGUCUUUGGUGUCACUGGGAUACAACCACAGCAGACCAUUUUUAUUGGCACAUGUGGAUCAGGAGCUUCUGAUUUACGAAGCGUUUCCCUUCGACCAACAGCAGCCGCAGAACAACCUGAAAGUUCGCUUUAAAAAAAUUCCUCACAACAUCAACUUCAGAGAAAAGAAGUCAAAGCCCAGAAAAGACAAGAAGGCUGAGAGUGGAUUGGCAGAUGAAAGUCCUGCUAAAAAUCGGAUCACAAGAUUGAGAUACUUUGAAGAUAUUUCCGGAUAUUCCGGGGUCUUCAUCUGUGGACCGUGCCCUCACUGGAUGUUGGUCACUUCACGCGGGGCUGUGAGGCUUCACCCCAUGACCAUUGACGGCACAAUUGAUACGUUUGCUUCUUUCCAUAACAUCAACUGCCCCAAGGGGUUCUUGUACUUCAACAAACAGGGAGAAAUGAGGAUCGGUGUCCUUCCCACCCACCUCUCGUAUGAUGCUCCUUGGCCAGUCCGAAAAAUCCCAUUGAGGUGUACCGUUCACUUUGUGUCCUACCAUGUUGAAUCUAAGGUCUAUGCGGUGUGCACUAGCAUCAAAGAGCUCUGUACUCGUAUUCCCAAAACUACUGGAGAGGAGAAGGAGUACGACCCCAUUGUUAGAGACGAACGCUACAUAAACCCUCAACAGGAGAGAUUCUCCAUCCAGCUCAUCUCCCCUGUCAGCUGGGAAACCAUCCCGAACACACGGAUUGAUCUUGAAGAGUGGGAGCAUGUGACCUGCAUGAAGACGGUGGCACUAAGGAGUCAGGAGACAGUGACAGGACUGAAGGGCUACAUUGCAGUCGGGACCUGUGUCCUGCAGGGGGAGGAGGUCACUUGCAGAGGCAGGAUUUUGAUCAUGGACGUGAUUGAGGUUGUUCCAGAACCCGGGCAGCCCCUGACCAAGAACAAGGUCAAAGUGCUGUAUGAGAAGGAGCAGAAAGGUCCGGUCACAGCCCUCUGUCACUGUAACGGAUACCUGGUCUCAGCCAUCGGACAGAAGAUCUUCCUGUGGUCCCUGAAAGACAACGACCUGACGGGCAUGGCCUUCAUUGACACGCAGCUGUAUAUACACCAGCUCUUCAGCAUCAAGAACUUCAUCCUGGCUGCCGACCUGAUGAAGAGUAUCUCACUGCUGCGCUACCAGGAGCAGAGCAAGACGCUGGCGCUCAUCAGCCGGGAUGCCAAACCUUUACAGGUCUACAGUGUGGAGUUCAUGGUGGACAACAGUCAACUUGGAUUUUUGGUGUCAGACAGCAACAAGAACCUCUUCAUCUACAUGUACUUACCUGAAGCUAAGGAGAGCUUUGGUGGGAUGCGUCUGCUGAGGAGGGCAGACUUCAACGUGGGCGCCAACAUUAACACUUUCUGGCGGAUGCCGUGCAGACGUGCGCUGGACGGGAGCAGCAAGAAAUCGUCCGCCUGGAUCAACAAACACAGCACCUGGUUUGCAACGCUCGAUGGAGGGAUUGGGCUGCUGCUCCCCAUGCAGGAGAAGAUCUACCGCCGACUGCUGAUGUUGCAAAAUGCUCUCACCACCAUGAUACCUCAUCACGCUGGUCUGAGCCCCAAAGCUUUCAGAAUGAUGCAAAGCGACAGGCGAGGCCUCCAGAACCAGAUCCGGAAUGUCCUAGAUGGAGAACUGCUCAACAAGUACCUGUACCUCAGCACCAUGGAGCGAACGGAACUGGCGAAAAAGAUUGGUACCACUCAAGACAUCAUCCUGGAUGACCUUCAGGAGAUCGACAGAGUCACCGCUCACUUCUGAGACAUUCCCUGGAAGUGUUUUUUUUUUUUUUGAUACCGAUCUUUGUGUUUUUAGGACCCUUUUGCAUAAAACAAUUAUGUUGACCACAC